UUGGUCAAAUACUCACUCUCUCUUUACAUUACUUCUAUUUCUAUUUUCUCAGAAGAAGAAAAAAAAGAAGAUCCCCGAGUCAAUUGCACCUCCUUAUCACCACUACCUUCCAUUUAUAUUCCUUCUGCCCUCUUUUCUCUCACCAAUAUAAUUUCAUUACUUUCUUCCAACCUUCCACACAUUCUCUCUCUCUCUCUCUAAUCCACUAUGGGCAGAUCUCCUUGUUGUGAGAAAGAGCACACAAACAAAGGUGCUUGGACAAAAGAAGAAGAUGAACGUCUCAUUAACUACAUCAAGCUUCAUGGGGAAGGUUGUUGGAGGUCUCUUCCAAAAGCUGCUGGCUUGCUAAGAUGUGGCAAGAGUUGCAGAUUGAGAUGGAUAAAUUACCUAAGACCUGAUCUCAAGAGAGGAAACUUCACUGAACAAGAAGAUGAUCUUAUCAUUAACCUCCACAGCCUACUUGGAAACAAAUGGUCCUUAAUAGCUGCUAGAUUACCAGGAAGAACAGAUAAUGAGAUCAAGAAUUACUGGAACACUCACAUCAAGCGAAAACUCUACAGUCGUGGAGUCGACCCUCAAACUCAUCGGUCACUUAACGACUCAACGACAUCCACCACCAUAAUUCCACCAGCUAAUGCUGCAGUGUCAAUAUCUCAAAUUCCCACAAGCAACAUUAAGAACAUGAUCAUCGACGAUAUUAGCAUUAUUAGCCGCAACAAAAACAAUUUUCAGUUAGUGAGUGGCUAUGCCAAUACAAAGAUUAAUGGAACCAAGUUGGUCUGUGAAGAUUCAAAUUCAAAUAACAGCAGCGGUGUUAGCUCCGAGGAAGCAGGUCAUCAUCAACUUAAUUUGGACCUUUCCAUUGGUCUUCCGUCGUCACAUCCUCAAAUUAACGAUGAAAAAUUGAAAUUACAACAACAACAAGGUGAUGAUGAGCAACAAGAAACAAAGGUUAUUACUAGUCAUGGUGUGUGUUUGUGUCGCAAUCUAGGGUUUCAAAGCACCCAAGUAUGUUGCUGCAACAAAGCCUUAGGUAAUACUGUUGCUACAAAUGUCACCGAUAAUAACAUUUAUAGAUUUUACAGACCCAUGAAUAUUUAAAACAUAAUGAUAUAUAAGUUAGUCUUUUAUUUUUUUGGUUGAAAAAUUUAGAAGUUAGCUAGAGUUAAGCUGAUCCGGCUCAUAAAUAUUGUAAUGUUGCGAUUGUUGUGUUAGUUAACAAUAACAUGCAAAUAGUUUUUGACAAAAUUUUGGAUAAUUUUGUGUAUCAGUGUUUUAUUUCGAUUUCUCAUA